AUGCUGCUUAAAAGUUUUAGUAAACUUUUACAUAAAACUUAUGUUAUCAACUUCUCACCUCAUAGAUAUUCUGCUUUGUUUAUAAAUGGACCGAAAGCUACUGAACAUUUUGUAUUUUUGCUGCCACACAUUGACUACCCUGAUCGGACGAGAGAUAAAGAUGGUUUAUUAAGUAUGAUAAAUAAAAGAAAGUCUAAUUUUGAUUUGGACAAAUUGGAAAAUCUUUGGAAUGUUUAUAUAGAUUUGAAAAAACAUAAAACUGAAUGUGAUAACAGACGAAAUGAAUAUUCAAAACAAUUAAAUGAUUUAUAUAAAAAUGAAACUGAAGGAAAUUCAGAGAUAGAGAAGUUAAAAAUUCAAAUGAACUUAAUAAAAGAAAAUUUAAAGAACUUAAAAGCUCCAUUAUGGGCAGCAGAGGAAGCCGCAAUUGUUGAAGCUCUAAAGUUGCCCAACAUACUGCAUAAUCUAACUCCUGACAAUGAAAAUAGAUUGAUUUAUGAACACAAACAACACCCUAAGAAUAAUAAGAACCAUUCAAUAAUAGGGCAAGAGCAAAACUUAUUAAUGUUCAUGAAAAAUAAUAGCUAUUACCUGUUAGGUGAUGCAGCAUUAUUUGAGCUCGGAGCCAAGUUCUAUUUCAGCAAUUAUUUAAAAAGUAACAAUUUUAUUCAAUUCUCUUGUCCAGAUUUUGUUAAGAGUUUGAUUGUUGAAGGAUGUGGUAUAGAUCAUACCGACCCUAAUUCCACAUUUAUUUUACAUGACUAUGAAAAUAGUGAAAUCAGUGAAGAUAAGCGCAUGCAUUUAACUGGAGCUGGCUCGUUAUGUUCUUUUUUUGCUUAUCAUGCUAAAAAUGUUAUUUACAGCAAGUAUUUGCCACUGCAAUAUUUUUCUAUGGGCCGGCUUUAUGUCCCCGGCGAUAGUAAAGAAAAUAGUUUGUUCAAUGUCAGUCAGUCAUCAGUUGUGCAAAUGUUUAUUGCUACUAAAGAUAAUUCAGAUGUUGAUGCUCAGCUCGGUAAUGUAAUUGAAAUUAUAAAGAAUUUGUAUACCAAAUUGGACUAUCACUAUAGGUUAGUUUAUGUGUCGGCAGAUAAAUUGCACAGUUGGGAAGCUUUAAGAGUUUCUAUUGAAAUGUACUCAUCAUCUUUAAGUGAAUACAUAGAAGUCGGUAGUGUGUCUCUCAGUGGUGAUUACAUCAGUAAGAGGCUCAUGUUUAUGUAUACUGAUAAUAAACAAAAUAAAUUCCCUCGCAUCCUCUCUGGUACAAUACUGAAUGUACCGAAGUUUUUAGCUUGCGUCUUAGAACAAGAUGCUGACUUUGUUAUACCAGAAUCCUUUAUGGUAGGAAAUUGGAAAGAUACAGUUGAUGUAAAUUAAAUAAUUGUAUAUUUAUUACAAAAAAUAAAAAUAUACAUAAAU